AUGAAAGUCCUCGAAGAUAAUUGGAGCAAGGUACUUCUCCACCACCAAAACGCUGAGACGCGCUUGCUAGGGCAGAUCGCCAAGAAGACGGAAGGGGCCGAGAGUCUGCGUGAUGGUCUUUUCAACGCAACAGCAGUCAGAGAAGCCACGAAGGGGACACAUAUCAACGAGUACAUCUUGGUGUUUACGGUUAUGACCAUCAUCUAUCUCCCACUUGGCUUCGUGGCGACGCUCUAUAGCUUGGACAUGUUUGAUUUCAAUCUUCCGGGACAAACAACCUCCUUCACCGGAACUAUUGUGGUAGUCUCGGUGGCUACCUACUUGAUCUCCUCGGGGCUGCUCUUCGGUGUGCGCAAGAGGCGGCGAGACGGGAGUUUGCGUAGCGCGAUGAGCGGCGGGUUCCGGAAGACACCAAACGUAUCCAACGAUGGUCCCGAGAGGCUGUCGUACACCAAGGAUAUGGGCAUCUCUGAAUUUUUCGGACAUGGCCGGUCCCGGAAGAAAGUUAAGAAGAACUGGUUGGGGCGUUUGCUAGAGCGAAGAGACCGCGCAAAAAGCAAUCACGUCCAGGAGACCCUCAUCUUGAAUGGUAAGGACCGAUGA